ACCUGAGUUCCAAAAUAUAAGCCUGCAAAAUUCCACAAUUGAAACUGCUAAACACCACUCCUUGGGCAUUGGUUGAGGUCUAAUAGAUGUGUUGAAUAAUGUGGAACUUGUAAACCCACGCAGGUUGAGUUGGUGUGAAUCAGAACCGAGUCUGCAGAUAAAUUCAAGCUGGUGGCUAGCAAAGCUCACCUGCACUCCCAAAGAUGGGCACGACAAGAGUUCUGCCUUUGGUCUCCAAAAGAAAUUCUGAUCUGAAAUUGGUAACUAAAAAGGGUGAUGCAAGAUGAACCAAGUGGUUAAUUGGCUUCACCCGAGUUCCCAUUCUUGUAGAAGAUCCAAGCACAUGAGGUGUUUAGGAUAGGAUCUUGUCCCUCACCAGUUCUUCGCACUUCUGUAUGAUUGUCCCUUUAUUCCUGGCAACAUUCUGAGAGCAGGUGCCUCCAUGUCACCGGGUUUGAACCAGAGGCCGGCCUGAUGGCUCGACCUUGGAUCCACCUCUCAAGUGAACCAUGAACUAAAGCCAUUAUUUAUUCUGAACCUCGAGGGUUGACCUCUGAACAUUGGACUCUCGAAGUGGUUUCUGGCUUCCAAGCUGGUGACUUAACUCACAGAGCUCAGUCGAGUUAUGACGAGUUUUUCCCUUCAUUUUGCAGGUCCAUAUUUACCUCCCUCGAUAGAUUUGGUCAAUAAUUUCAAUACACAUCUCUCAGUUUAAUCUGUAUCUUUUGGAGAAGGUAUCCCGACCUAGAUAGUUUAUUGCAUGAGUACUUUUGAUGAUCAUUCAAAAACCAAAUAUGGUAAAGCAGUUCAUUAAUGGGCAGAGUCAUAUUCUUUGUAUCCUUGUUCUGAAGGUUUUAAGUGGAUUGUAUUAAGGUUCUUGUUAUCCAUUGCUUGCAGAUGACUGGCAGCUGAAUUUUUUACUCUGCCAGAGAUUCCCAGCGGCGAAAGAUUUUAUGUACUAGUUUUACUAAUUGUAAGGCUGCUAUAGAGUCAAUUAGUUCCCUGUUGUUGACGAUUGGCUUUUCUUUUUCUGUUUGUAGUUAUUAGUGCAUAGUCUGAUUCGGUUGAACAAAUGUGGGGAAAAUGUAAUGUACAAUUCAUUACAUUACAUAAGUAGCAUUGGUGUCGUCUAUAAUAGGACAUAUUCUGAUCUUUUGAUACUGGUUUCUUGAGUUUGAAGCAUGUGCUUGGAAAUUAUGGUCAUUCACGAAUUGCAUAUCAUCAGAACAUAAUCUUCCAUCCAGAGGGAAUUCCUUGAAAUGAGUUAUUUUCUUAAUCCUUGAGGGCUUCGGAAAUGUUGAAAUUAUCGACAUGAAGUCUGUGGAAGAUUGAUGAAAACAUUAUCCAUUCCAUCACUCCAAGAGUGAAAGCAAUUUCUGAUUGGCCUCUGCAAGUAAUGAUAUCAGGCAAUUCAGAGUUCUUUUUCCAGCUCCUUCUCGUCGAUGCGUUUGAUGGCCACUUUCAAAGGAUUGAGUUUUCCGACUAGUUUUGGCGGCUUAAUUAAGUGGACAGGAAGGACUAUGAGCUAUCUGAUAUUGGUACUCUGUUUGCCAAUGGUGUCACACUGUCACUUCAUCGGCCUUCAUAUGGGAUUCAUGGGCCAUGCUGUUGAGAAUGACCCAUUGCAGAGUGGAUUGUUCAAAAGAUGCUUGCUGGUUGAGGACUCAAAUGGACAGCAGAAUGUUUUGGAGAAAAUAUCUUUAGUAACAUGUGCGAGGUGCCGUCCAGGAUGGGGACAUGAGCAGAAAAUCAUAGACACAGUUCAAAAGUCGUCAUGCACAGGUCUUUGCGUUUUCUUGCGUUUCUCCUUCCCAGUCCUUCUGAAGAACUUCUGUGCUUAAAGAAUGGUUCACCACCAAGAGGGAAUGGUUUCAAGACGAUGCUUCUGGAGAAUGGGAAAAGAAAAAUUACUGUGACGCUGAAAUGAGACCCGGUUCUAGCACAUUGAUCCCUUGCUUAUACGGAAUUUUCCCGCACUAUUCAGUGCCAUGGAGGAUGAUUUCUUCUUGUUCAAAUUGUCCCCUGUACGAGAUGGUACUCGAUGAUCCAAUUGCUUGAAUGAUUUGCAAUGAAUGAUGAAAGAUAUUAACCCAACUGCUUGGACGAUUGCAGGUUUAACUGAUUUUAUUGGACCUUUAAUACUCUUAUGAACGACUUAGGCGGCCCUUCAGUAUAAUCCAUCCAGUUGCCUUCUUUAAGUAGACAGCGGUUUAUGUUUUAUGAUUCUCAGCGUUAUUUGAAAGCUGGGCUGUACUUCAUGAUUAUUUACUUAGUUUCAUCAUUUGUCACGCUGGGCCAAAUUAGUCAGUUCAGUGGGCUAGAUACUGAGAUAUCAAAACAUAGAUUUGUUCUUUGUUUUGUCAGUUAUUUUCGAAAGCUCAAAGUUCGUUGAGUUUGUCACACAGGAUACUCAAUUAUUCAAAAGCAACUUUGCCCUAUAACAAGUGUUCAAGCUGGUACAACAUGAUUUUCCGUUUAGUUCUGUAACAGUUUCGU